AUGAAUAAAGAUCCAAGAAGACAAGCAACAGCAGGCUUUGAGAUGCAUCCACAACUAUCUCAACAAGAAAGAGAAGCUCAAAACUUGGAUGUUUGGUCUCUUCUUUGUUUCCUUUCAGCUUUUAUGGGUAUCUUUUUAAAGUAUAGAGUUUUGGUUUGGGUAUCAUUAGUAUGUUGCUGUGCAUCAUUGGCAAACAUGAAAACUGCAGAUAGUGGAUUGAGAGCAAUGACUUCAUCUGUCACUCUCAGUGUAAUGGGCUUGUUCAUGGCAUAUCUUGGCAGUCAUCAAAUACCAUUAUUAUUGGUUCCAGUCAUUGGUGGCAAAUCUGAUAGUUGUUAA